GAGCCCAGGCCAGGCCAUCGUGAUUCAUGCCUCUCAAGAAAAAGUAGGUCAGGGUUCCAGAGUGGCAAAACCGUAAUAACACAAAUCGGAAUACGCAUCAUUCUGUCUUCUUCUCUCCCUAUAAAUUCUCGAACCUUCCUCAUUACUCUUCCAUUGAACUCAUCGCCCUCUCCUGCGUCUCUCCUCUCCCUAUCCCUAUCAUCAGUGCUUGUUGGUGCAGUUAUUUGAUUGCAAUGGCGAUGAGAAAGAAGAGUGUAGGUGAUUUGACGGAGGCCGAUCUGAAAGGAAAGAGAGUUUUUGUGAGGGUGGAUCUUAACGUUCCUUUGGAUGAUAACUUCAACAUCACAGAUGACACUAGAAUACGAGCUGCAGUCCCUACCAUCAAGUACUUGAUGGAGCGUGGAGCUAGAGUUAUUCUUUCUACUCAUUUGGGCCGUCCAAAGGGUGUUACUCCAAAGUACAGCUUGAAGCCGCUGGUGCCAAGGCUGUCUGAACUGCUUGGAGUAGAGGUUAAGAUGGCAAAUGACUGUAUUGGUGAGGAUGUUGAGAAGAUGGUAGCAGAAAUCCCCAAUGGAGGUGUUCUCCUACUUGAGAAUGUGAGGUUCCAUAAGGAGGAGGAGAAGAAUGACCCUGAGUUUGCCAAGAAGCUUGCUUCACUUGCAGAUCUCUAUGUAAAUGACGCAUUUGGCACUGCUCACAGAGCUCAUGCUUCUACUGAGGGAGUGGCUAAGUUUUUGAAGCCUUCUGUUGCUGGUUUUCUUAUGCAAAAGGAACUUGACUAUCUUGUUGGAGCUGUGGCGAACCCUGCGAAGCCUUUCGCUGCUAUUGUUGGUGGUUCAAAGGUGUCAACAAAGAUUGGAGUGAUUGAAUCCCUCUUGGCAAAGGUUAAUGUUCUCUUGCUUGGUGGAGGGAUGAUCUUCACUUUCUACAAGGCUCAAGGUUAUAAAGUUGGCUCAUCCCUUGUAGAGGAAGAUAAGCUUGAUCUUGCAACUUCACUUAUUGAGAAGGCCAAGGCAAAAGGAGUAUCCCUUCUGCUUCCUACUGAUGUGGUUAUUGCAAACAAGUUUGCUGCUGAUGCCGAGAGCAAGGUGGUUCCAGCAUCUGAAAUCCCAGAUGGUUGGAUGGGUUUGGAUAUUGGACCAGAUUCCAUCAAGACGUUCAAUGAAGCUUUGGACACAACGAAAACCGUCAUCUGGAAUGGACCUAUGGGUGUUUUCGAAUUUGAUAAAUUUGCAGUGGGAACUGAGGCAAUUGCGAGGAAGCUGGCAGAGGUGAGUGGGAAGGGAGUCACAACAAUUAUUGGAGGAGGUGAUUCUGUUGCAGCAGUAGAGAAGGUUGGUCUCGCCGACAAGAUGAGCCACAUCUCCACAGGAGGUGGUGCCAGCUUAGAACUUCUAGAGGGGAAACCCCUCCCCGGAGUCCUUGCUCUUGACGAUGCAUGAACUGGUCUGGAGUUUGGUACACACUGUUUGUUUUUAUCUUUAUUGUAUGGCUGGUGGAUGGUUUUUCAUCCAGAGAGUGUAUGGCAGCAAAUCUUGUAGAGGCUAUAGGGUGACUUAAGAAUAAAUGUAAUUUCUUUCCAGAGGGGCAUCCUUCCUUAACUGCUUGGAUCUAUUUUUGGAACAUUGAUGAUAAAUGGUCCAACUGAAUGAGUUAUUUUCCCUUAAAUCA